GGGCAUCCUUUUUUCAGAUCACCUGAGAGACAGAGAGAGAGUUGAGUCUGAGUCUGAGGCUGUCUGAUUCGCCUUUUCAAAGACAAAAUUCAAAACCCCACACACACGAACGACGCAACACAAACCCACCCACUUGGCUUUCUUUCGGUUUAACAACUCAAACAUAAAUAAACUCACUUCACUGAUACUCUUACUUAUUUCAAUUUUUAUUCACUUUCUCAUUCUGCUCUUCUUUCGUUUUCCGUUUUAACUCAUGGGUCGACCCCCGAGUAAUGGAGGCCCCGCCUUCCGCUUUACUCAGACUGAGGUCGCGGAGAUGGAAGGUAUUUUGCAAGAUCACCACAAUGCAAUGCCAUCUCGGGAAGUUCUUGUAGCUCUUUCAGAGAAGUUCAGUGAGUCCCCGGAAAGGAAGGGAAAGAUCAUAGUGCAAAUGAAGCAGGUUUGGAAUUGGUUCCAAAAUAGGCGGUAUGCAAUAAGGGCAAAAACAGGUAAAGCUCCUGGAAAGUUAAAUGUAACACCUUUGCCACGUGAGGAUCCUACUCCAGUGAGAAAUGUUCCUCAACCUGUAGCUGCUCCAAUUCCUGCUCCUGUGCCUGCUUCCAUGCCUGCUUCUGUGCCUGCUCCUUCAGUUGCUACUGCAGGGAGAGUGGCAUCAGAAAAUGCUUUUAUGGAAUUUGAAGCUAAAUCUGCAAGGGAUGGUGCAUGGUAUGAUGUUGCAACCUUUCUAGCCCAUAGAAAUUUAGAGGCAAGCGAACCGGAGGUACAGGUUAGGUUUGCCGGUUUUGGACCAGAGGAGGAUGAGUGGGUUAACAUAAAAAAGCAUGUCAGGCAACGUUCUCUCCCAUGCGAAGCAUCUGAAUGUGUUGCUGUUCUUCCUGGAGAUCUCAUACUCUGUUUUCAGGAAGGAAAAGAUCAGGCUCUAUAUUUUGAUGCUCAUGUACUUGAUGCACAACGACGAAGGCAUGAUGUGAGAGGCUGCCGCUGUAGGUUUUUGGUGCGCUAUGAUCAUGAUCAGUCUGAGGAAAUUGUGCCUCUUAGAAAAGUUUGCCGUCGGCCUGAAACUGAUUAUAGGUUGCAACAACUUCAUGCUAUGAAUGAUUCAGGAUCUGCAGACCAGCAGAAAAGUAGUUUGGAUAUUUCCACAGCUGGUGCUCCUAGGGUUAUAUGUUCCUCUGCCGAAAUGAUGCAGAAGCAGGGCAUUGUAAAUGUAGCCCCAGCGGCUGCCCCAGUAUCUUUUGCUAAUGUAUCUGUGGCCACCCAAAGUACAAUUAUGGAACCCAAAAGUGCUGGAGGUAGCAGUGGUAUAAAUGUCAGCAACCCUGUUUUUCCAUCUAGUGCUGUUUGUGCCACCGUUACAACUGCUACUCCUGGCGGCUCUGGUGGAAAAAUGUAAGAAAAAGUUGUAGGUUUAUUUGACAGUUCUGUCAUUUUCUUUUCUUAAAUGAUUACAAAGAAUUUUCAUUUUUAGAUGAGUAAUAUUCUGGUUAGGGUAACCUUUUGUUCAAUUUAUACCACUUUUUUUUUUUUCUCAACACAUGACAAAUGGGUAGUUUUGGUCGUGGGGUUUUGCCGGUUUGGUGAUGCGGUGUUAGGUUAUGCGAUUUCUGCAAUUUGGAAUGUUAAACUUGCCACCUGGAUCAUCAAACCUACAUUUUGAAACGUUAUAACGCAUAUGGUUGCAAAUUUCAUAUUUCAGAUGACCAAAAAUCUCAUACUUGUGUGCCCCUGUGAGUGCCAGGAAGUGUAUAAGGAAAAGGGAAAUUUUGUAUCUGAAGGACAUGACCAACAGCAAAUUGUGAUGAUGACUGAGACUAAAAAUUUUUAUUUUCUUACUUUUUUCAUGGACAUUGUAAUUGUACUCUGCAGUCGAAUGGACAAAUAUUGUGGAUGUUCUAACUUACACAGGAUAAAGAAAUGAAAAGAUUGAGAUGAGAAGGCAGCCUUUUUAACUGCAAUUUUUUUUUUUACUGCCUCCCAUUUGUAUUUCUUAUUGCAGAGUUAUUUAA